AUGAUCCAGGCCCUCAAAGCCGCUGAGACGCUCGUCAUAGAGAUCGCGGCUAAGGCCUUCUGUUGUGUAGCUAUCAUGGCCGCCAUCCUGCCCCUCCAGCUGAUCUCCAUCGUCGACUGGAUAGUCUCUAAAAACGAAAAGGUCCUUGGGAUUGGUUUGCUUAGCAGCGAUAUGAAUCUCGAAACAUAG